AUGGCAUCAGAUACAAUGAUGGUCCCCUCAACAUUGAUACCAUCUGUCAUCCUGUAUGCCCUGGAGAGUCCCACGUUGAUGUUCCAAAGAGGUUUCUUCUGCAAUGAUGAAAGCAUCAAGUAUCCAUACAAAGAAGAUACUGUCAGCGUCGGUGUACUUGUAGCUGUUGGUCUACUUGUACCAACAGUAACGAUGGUGCUCUGUGAAUGGUUUAUUUACCGAUAUUUUGUGAGAUGCUCAGAAGAAGGGUCUCCAUGGCGACCGUACAACCGGAAAAAGCUGUGUUGUUGCUCAGUUCACCCUUGGGCAAACGCUCUCUAUUCUACCCUUGGACCCUUUGGUCUUGGCGCUGCCUUCACUCUACUUCUGACAGACUCUGGAAAGUAUCUGAUUGGACGAUUAAGGCCACAUUUCAUCUCUGUGUGCCAACCUGAUUGGUCGAUGAUCAACUGUACAGAUAGUGAUGGGUAUUACCAGUAUGUUCAAGAUAUUCCAUGCCUUGGCACAGAUAAUCAUCAACUCACAGAUGGAAGAUUAUCAUUUCCAUCAGGACACGCAUCUUCUGCAUUCUAUUUCUUCACAUACUGGGUAAUAUAUCUUCAAGCCAGGAUGAUACCAGAAGUUUUUGGAGAUAACUUAUUUAGGCCUGUCCUUCAGUUGGCCGGUAUCCUCGCAGCUAUGUUGGUUGCUCUGUCAAGAGUAUCAGACUACAAGCAUCACUGGAGUGAUGUGUUAGCUGGAAGCACCUUAGGCCUCGUUGUAGCCAUCUUAGUGGCGGUCUUUGUCAGUGACCUUUUAAGAAUACCCAUCUCCAGAGAGUCUCGGAUAGAGAAGGGCGAGGUGAUGCCUCUCUACGGCUCAGGGUCAGCCAUCAGUGAUCAACUAAGCAGUGACAGGAUGUUAUCUGAUGAAGGCAGUGCUGUAAUCACACACAGUGACGAGAAUAGGAGAAGAAACUCUGGGAAAUAUCUGUCUUGUUCAUACAGUGGAAACUCAGUGUAGCCUGGUCUAUAAGCUUAUUUUCCUUGUUUUUACAGUUUAUUCAUGAUUCAUAUUUGGGAUAUGUGUUUUGUUACAUGAUCUCCAUACACAGAAUAGGAAAUUAAGUAAAAUACAGUGAAAACGAAACUACACAAAAAUUGAUGCUGACAGUAGGCAAGAAUCCUGUCAUACAAAAAAAUGAGAAGAACCUCAAAUAGAAUUUACAGAGCUGGGACCAGGAAUAUAGUUUUGCUAUAUUAAACAAUGUACUUGCUACAUCAGGGAUAUUACCACGUCAUAUCAGUUAUGCUAUUGCCUUGCUAUAUCGGGAUUACAUGUACAUUGUUAAUCAAGAUUACCUUUAUAUGUAUGUGGAAUAUCAUAUUUUGCCUUGAAUAUGUGUUCCCAGGUUAUCAAAACAGAAAAUUAUCAUCUUUAUUUUCUUUUAAUAAUAGGUCCAAUUUAUAGUGCAGAUACUAUAUGCAUAUAUUCUUCUGCACUUAAAUCUUGGCAUUAUAAUAUUACCCUGGCUGUAGCUGAGCUGAAAUUGAGGCACUAAAGUGUUUAAGGAAGAGAUCCUACAUCUUAAAAUCAAUGUGUCUUGCUUGACUUGACUCCAAGACUAACACUUGUGCCAACUGCCGAAGUCUCAUUGCAACAUACAAACCAGUUUUCCAACUGUUCCCUGAUUCUUAUAUACCGCUUGUGGCAAAAGUAUAAUGAAAUAGAUUAUAUAUAUUAUUAUAUGGAUACCAAAAUACAUUUUGCUCAAAACCGAAGCAAUUCCACAUAUAUCUAAAUCAUGGUGAUGACUUAUAAGUGGUGCUAAUUAUGAACAAUAAUAUUCAAAUUAAAACAGUUUUGUAUUAUGUUCACAUAAAAAUUAUAUAUUGUUUUAUUUUAAAGAAAAUGACUGAAUACAAGUGAUAUAAAGAUAUCAGGUUACGGCACACAAAGUGAAUACAAAGGAGAGAAUAAAUGUAAUGCAUUGUAGUCCAACUUUACCAAACUUGUUAACUAAUGUCACGGAACAAAUGAUUACAAAUAAAAUCUGAAUACUUUGAAUUAAUCUUCAGUAGUUAAUCUGGUGCUAUAUUGGUAGAUAAUUACUUAAAUUUUUUUAAGAGCAAUAUUGAAUUUUCAGAUAACCUUGUAAUACAUGUAAGCCUUCAAGACAUGUUAUCUUAAAAAAGUGUGACAUUGCUCAUUGUGAAAUGUAGAUGCAUUGGUGAGUUGGCAACAUCUUGCAAACAUGUAGUUUAUCUUGAAACAGUAAAUAGGCAUAGGCAUUAACAGCAGUAUUCAGUGAUUGUUCACUUUUACUUUAUAACAGUAUCAAGUUUGAAAGGAGUAAAGACAUUGUAAAAUAAAUAAUUCACGUUCAAACACUUGGUAGGGGGUAUGUAAUUUUUGUAAAAAACAAUAUUUCUGUUUUCUUCUGUAUCCUAGAUAAAGAUGAGUCAGUCCAGUACGGUACCUAAUUUUAUUUUAAACCAUAUUAUAUAAUCAAGCUACUAACAAAAGGGAAUUUUGUUUUUGGUUAAUGAAAGACAUGAUUUCAUACACCUUUCAAUGGAAGAGCAGAGUAAUCAAUGACUUCAUACAUUUGACAACUCAUCACAAAUUGAUCAUGUGAAUAUAUUCUUUUCCUAUAGGCUUGGGUGUAAAUACUUUUUUUUCUUUGUGAAGACAUCAUUGCAAAUGAAUACUAAUUAUCUUGGAAAGUGAAUGUGUUUUGAAUAUUAUUUUCAAUCUAAACCAAGUUCAUUGACCUCUUAUUUAAAACCAUAUUGUUUCUUCUACUCUUAUCCAGACUAAGAACUACUGAAGAAAAAAUGUGCCCAUCCAGAAAUGAAACUCUGGAUAAUUUGCCUCUAAAUUUUGAAUAUUUUCUAAUAAUGUAAAUGUAUUCAUAUUACAAUUUGUAAGCAGUAAAGUGACCUCCAUUGUGCCCUCUUUAUGAAGAGAAUAUCAACCGAUUCAUUAUUUGUUACUUUGUAUGUAUAUAUUUCUCUGUACAGCUGAAUUUACAUUUCAUAAAAUGAGAUGACAUUAUAUUUGUAUAUAUAGAAAUGUCUGUAUUUGAAGAAUGUUGUACAGUUGGUUUUCUUUAUGGAUCUAAUAAUUUUUAAUGAUUGAUAAUGUAAGUUUAUUUCUGGUACUAGCUAGAUUUCUUUGAAUCACUAUAACAUGCAAAGCACCAGGAAUAGACUUGGGAUUGAUGAUAUGAUAGUAUCCUUGUAAGGACUGCCUUUCGUGUCAUUGAUUUCUUAUGGUGCACUGUGUGAGAGACCUUUAUUUUAACUAUUUAGCCUACUUUUAUAAAAUUAAAGAGUUUUUUUUACUUUAAUGGAUGAGAAAAUGUUGGCUUGCAAAUAAUUUGUUCCAAACUUGUCUCAUUCAGAACUUUUAUAAUGAAUUUGUUACACAAAAGAUGAUCCAUGCAAAAAAAACUUAUUCAUGCAAUUAGCCCAUGGUUCUAUGAACAUGAUCUGUAUUUUAGAGUGUCGGCUGGUACUAAAUGAUCAGAAAUGUAUUUUUUACCUUAUUUUAUGAAGAUGCCUCAAACACUGUAAUUGACUGCUUUUCUAUUGCAAAAAAAAAAAUUAUAUAAAUAUUGCCUUUUACGAUUUUCAAUAUAAAUGAAUCAAGCCAAUCAUAAAGAAAGGUGCAUUUUGUAUUGAUUAUAAGUACAAUAUGAUAUAUCAAAAUGAAAAAAAAACAGCGCCUUUUAAUACUUUCAUUACUUACUAAAUACUAAUAUGCAAUUAUGAAUGAGUUAAAUAUAAGAUAGCAAUAAUGACCCAUAUUUUAACCUUUAUUCAUGACUUUUUAUACAUUCUCUUUUUAAAUAAUUUGAUGUUGUAAAGAAAUAUGUAUCGUUUAUGACUAUUGUAUAUGUAGUGUCACAAUUGGACCAAUAAAUGCUUGUAUAAAAUUUCA